GGAGAACCUCAGUCCCUGUGGUGACCGAAGUCUAGGCCAGGCCCAUGAACUCCAGGCGCCGGGAAGUUAGGGAUGGGGGUGGGGUUGGGGCUGCCUCCUGGGGUGGCAGCCUCCCUGAUGUCCCACUGGCCCCUCCUGGCAUUCACACCUCAGUGUCCUGAGGGUCCAGUGGUCUGCAGGGUCAGCAGGGUCCUGCCGAGGUGAUGGGCUGAGAGUGAGACCCUGUAUCAGAAAAAAAAAGAAAAGAAAAUCAGUUGACUGUAAAUGUGAGGACCUAUUUCUGAACCCUCAAUUCUUUUCCAUCGAUCUAUACAUCUAUCCUUGUUCUAUUAUCAAUCACACUGUCUUCUUGAUGACUGUAGCUCUGUAGUAAGGUUUUCUUUGUUAGGUUGGGUUUUGUUUUGUUUUGUUUAGACAGAGUCUCUGUCACCCAGGCCGGAGUGCAGUGGCACAAUCUCGGCUCACUGCAACCUCCACCUCCCGAAUUCAAGGAAUUCUCCUGCCUCAGCCUCCUGAGUAGCUGAGAUUAUAGGCGCAUGCCACCACACCCAGCUAAUUCUUGUAUUUUUAGUAGAAACAGGGUUUCACCAUGUUGGUCAGGCUGGUCUCCAACUCCUGACCUCGUGAUCCACCCACCCCAGCCUCCCAAAGUGCUGGGAUUACAGGCUUGAGUCACUGCGCCCGGCCAGGAGAGUCUUUUCAACAGUGGUUCAAAAACAAUUGGGUAUCCAUAUGCAAAUAAAUUAACAGAUUCUUACCUCACACCAUAUACACAAAUUAACUAAAAAUAGAUCAUAGCCCUAAAUGCAAAAUCUAACCAUAAAACUUCUUGGAGAAAACUUUAAAAAUCUUUGUGACCUUUAGGCAAAGAUUUCUUAGAUACGACACCAAAAGAAUAAUACAUCAAGAAAAAUGGGCAAAUUAGUCUUCAUUAAAAGGAAGAACUUCUCUUUUUCUUUUUUAAAAAAAUUUUGUGUAUCCUCAUUGUUAAGCACGAACUCUUUUUCAAGACACAGUGUUAAAAACAUGAAAAGACUGGGCGCGGCGGCUCAGGCCUGUAAUCCCAGCACUUUGGGAGGCUGAGGUGGGCGGAUCACCUGAGGUCAGGAGUUCGAGACCAAUCUGGCCAACAUGGUGAAACUCCAUCUUUACCAAAAAUACAAAAAUUAUCCGGGUGUGUUCAUGGGUGCCUGUAGUCUCAGCUACUCAGAAGGCUGAGGCAGGAGAAUCACUUGAACCCGGGAGGCGGAGGUUGCAGUGAGCUGAGAUCAUGCCACUGCACUCCAGCCUGGGCAACGGAGCAAGACACCAUCUCAAAAAAAGACAAGAAAAGACAAACCACAGGCUGGAAGAAAAUAAAUCACAUAUCUGAUAAAAGACUCACAUGCAGAAUUUGUAAAGAAACCUGGGCUGGUGCAGUGGCUCAGGCCUGUAAUCCCAGCACUUUGGGAGGCCGAGUUGGGUGGAUCACCUCAGGUCAGGAGUUCGAGACCAGCCUGGCCAACAUGGUGAAACCCCGUUUCCACUAAAAAUACAAAAAAUUAGCCAGAGGGCGUGGUGGCACGUGCCUGUAAUCCCAGCUUCUGAGGAGGCUGAGGCAGGAGAAUUGCUUGAACCUGGGAGGCGGAGGUUGCUGUGAGCUGAGAUCGUGCCACUGCACUCCAGCUUGGGCAACAAGAGUCAAACUCUCAAAAAAAAAAAAAAAAAAAAAAAGAAUUCUGCAAACUCAAAAAUAAGAAAACAACCUAAUUUUUAUUUCUAAUUUAAUUUUUUGUAGAGACAGAGUUUUGCCAUGUUGCCCUGGCAGGUCUCAAACUCCUGGCCUGAAGUGAUCUGCCUGCCUCAGCCUCCCAAAUUGCUGGGAUUACAGGUGUGAGCCACCGCACCAGGCCACAAACUAAUUUUUAAAAUGGACAAAAUAGGCUAACCACAGUGGCUCACACCUGUAAUCCUAGCACUUUGGGAGGCCGAGGCAGGCAGAUCACUUGAGGUCAGGAGUUUGAGACCAGCCUGGCCAACAUGGUAAAACCCCGUCCCUACUAAAAAUACAAAAAUUAGCCAGGUGUGGUGUCAGGCACCUGUAAUCCCAGCUACUCGGGAAGCUGAGGUGGAACAAUCACUUGAACCCGGGGGGUGGAGGUUGCAGUGAGCCAAGAUCUCACCGCUUCAUUCCAGCCUGGGCAACAGAGUGAGGCUCUGUCUCAAAUAAAAUAAAAUGGACAAAAUAUUUGAUCAGUCUUUCUACCAAAGAAGAUACAUGGAUAACAAAUGCACACGUGAGAAGAUGCCCAGUGUUGUUCAUCAUUAAGGAAAUGCAAAUUAAAACCAGAAUGAGCGCCUACUAGGAUGACUGAAUUACAAAGCUGUCCCGCGCUGAGUGUGGGUGAGGACGAGGACACGGAGCCUGGAACCUCUAGUGGGAAUAAAUAAUUGUACAACCACACUGGAAGACGGUCUGGCAGUUUCUCAAAAAGUUAAACAUAUACCUAUCAUAUGAUCUAGCCACUCCAAUUCCGAGUAUGUACCCAAGAGAAAUGAAAGCAUGUGUCCACACGGUCAACCCCAAGUACCUGAGACAGGUCUGAAUCCAUUUAGAAAGUUGAUUUUGCCAGGCCGGGCGCGGUGGCUCACGCCUGUAAUCCCAGCACUUUGGGAGGCCGAGGCGGGCGGAUCACGAGGUCAGGAGAUCGAGACCAUCCUGGCUAACGUGGUGAAACCCCGUCUCUACUAAACAUACAAAAAAAUUAGCUGGGCGUGGUGGUGGGUGCCUGUAGUCCCAGCUACUCGGGAGGCUGAGACAGGAGAAUGGCGUGAACCCAAGAGGCAGAGCUUGCAGUGAGCCGAGAUGGCGCCACAGCACUCCAGCCUGGGCGACAGAGCCAGACUCUGUCUCAAAAAAAAAAGAAAGUUGAUCUUGCCAAGGUUAAAGGUUAGGGACAUGCCCGUGACACGGCCUCAGGAGAUCCUGACGACCUGUGCCUGAGGUGGCCGGGGUACAGCUGGGUUUUCUACAUUUUAGGAAGACAUGAGACUUCAAUAAUAUGUGUAAGAUGUACAUUGGUUCAGUCCCAAGAGGCGAGACAAUCUGAAGAGGGGAGAGGGCUUCCAGGUCACAGGUGAUAAAACAGGGGGUCGCAUUCUUUUGAGUUUCUGAUUAGAUGUUCACUCAUGUCAGCAAGCAGAGGAACGGCUUUGAAUUCUGCUCGUCCUGUGUCUGCAAGGAGUUCCCCUGUGAACACAUCCUGAGGGAGGGAGGCAGCUGUUUAUUAUUUAAAUCUUAGAAGCUGUCUUUUUAAAGAAUAGAACAGGAGGCAGGUGGGCCCUAAGCAGUUGCCAGCUUGACUUUUCCAUUUGGCUCAGUGAUUUGGGGGGUCCCAAAAUUCACUUUCCUUUCACAGUAUAAACACCUGUACACAAAUGUUCGUAGCAGUUUUACCUGUGAUAGCCCCAAACUAGAAAUAAUCCAAAUGUCCAUCAAGAGAGGCAUGGAUACAGAAACUGUAGUGUAUCCAACAAUGGAACACUUUGUAUGAAAAGCAACAAUUGACAUAUACUACAGUGUGGGUGAAUCUCUAGAAACGCUGUCACAGAGGGCAGGCGUGUUGUACUCUUCUGUCCUGUAUGAAGAAGGGCCCAGCGGACGAUUCUAGCCAAUGCAACUUACUCUGCAGGGACAGCGGAUUUGGGGUUGCCUGAGUGUGGGAAGGGAAAGAAUCACCAAGGGGCCGAAGGAACGUUUGGGAGUGUUGGAGACGUUUGUGGUGGCUCCCGGGGGUAUAUGUGUCCAAACCUAGCGAACCGCACAUUUUAAAUACUUGAAGACUGGGGCGGCUCACACCUGUCAUUCCAGCACUUUGGGAGGCCAAGGCGGGCAGAUCACUUGAGAUCAGGAGUUCGAGACCAGCCUGGCCAACAUGGCAAAACCCCAUCUCUACUAAAAAUACAAAAAUUCUCCGGACACGGUGGGCGCCUGUGGUCCCAGCUACUCAGGAGUCUGAGGCAGGAGAACCGCUGGAACCCGGGAGGCGGCAGUUAUAGUGAGCCAAGAUGGAGCCACUGCACUCCAUCCAGCCUGGGCGACAGAGUGAGACUCCGUCUCAAACGAUAGAUAGAUAGAUAGUUAAAUAAAUAAAUACUUGAAGUGUAUUACGUGUUAAUUAUACUUCAGUAAAGCUAUAAAAAAUGAAAAGGAGGCCGGGCUUGGCGAUGGCGACUGUGAUCCCAGCUACUCAGAAGGCUGAGGCUGGAGGAUCACUUGAGCCUGGGAGGUGGAGGCUGCAGUGAGCUGGGAUUGCGCCCCUGCACUCCAGUCUGGGCGACAGAGCGAAACCCCAUCUCAAAAAAAUAAAUAAAUAAGAAAUAAAUAAGAAGGAAAAAAGAAAGAAAGAAAAAUAAUUCCGCAGCUGUGUACAUUGUUUGCGGCUGUGCCCGGCAUGGCGAUGGCUGCUCAUGGAUCAGCUCCCCGACUGUCUCAAGGUCCGGGACUUUCACCUGGGCCACAUGGCUUCAGGAAAGGGAGCCGAGCAACCCCCCCCAGAAUCGCCCUUCUCGCCCCCCGCCCUCCCCAGGAGGGGCAGGACCUGGCGCCCCCUGACCAGGGCAGGAGCUGCUGAGCCGACCGCAGUGAUGUCCUGGUGCCCUCUGGUGGCCGCUAGGGGCACAGCAUGUCCCCAUCCUCCCAGGGGACCCUGCCCGACCUCCCCCCGCCCCCCGACUUGCCCCCCAGGCCCGGGUCUGGUCUCUGCCUCCACCGUAGAACUGGGUUAUUCCUCCUCCCUGGACUGAGGGGUGCUGCUGCCUGAAGUGCAGGGGGGCCCUACAGCCACCCUCCCACCAGGAAGGGUCAUGACUGGGCUGGAUACAGGGAAGGGCUUCCCCUGAAGCCUCAGGCCAACUCCAGUGACAGCUCGUCGUGAAAAGGCCUCAGGGUAGGGCCCCUCCCUCUGCCACCCUAGACCUCCUCUCACAGCUCCCUGGCCACAGCCUUGCCGUCAGCCUCCCUGCCUCUCCUGUCCCAAGCCCCAAAGCCUUCUCAUCUCGUGAUGGUCCACGUGGGGCCCGGAUGCCACGUGCAUGCCACCCAGGAUGUGCUGCUGGGUCAGCUGAGCGUCCACGUGAAGACAGGAGUCCCGUGCCCCCCACCUCCCACCUCUCACAGAAGUCAAUGCCAAGUGUGUGGCAGAGCCGAGCGUGAAAGGCGACACGGUGAAGUUUUUUUUUAAAUGAAGGAAUAGGCCGGGCGCGGUGGCUCACACCUGAGGUCGGGAGUUUGAGAGCAGCCUGGGAAACAUGGAGAAACCCGGUCUCUACUAAAAAUACAAAAUUAGCCGGGCAUGGUGGUGCCUGCCUGUAAUCCCAGCUACUCAGGAGGCUGAGGCAGGAGAAUCUCUUCAACCUGGGAGGCGGAGGUUGCAGUGAGCUGAGAUUUUGCCAUUGCACAUCAGCCUGGGCGACAAGAGUGAAACUCCGUCUCAAACAAACAAACAAGCAAAGAAAGGUACCGUUAUGAGGGUGGAAAGAGGAGGCAGAGAGGGAGAAGAUUCCCCAGUACAAGAGUUCAAUGAAGAGCUCGUCCAGAAUACGUAACGACUCCUACAGACCCACAGGGAGGAGGCACAGGGAGGCGGCCGCAGCCGAGAGACGCCACACAGAAGCAGAUGCGCAACUCCUGGGAAACUCCAGCCUGGAGCACGGCCACGCAGCCACCUGGGGAACGGGGCGGCACCUUCUGACGCUGACCCCAAGCGUCCUGGAAAUGCGAGAGGUUUGCCGAAAGGAAUGUUCCCAGGUAUUCACAGCCGCACCGUGUGCAGUAGCUGCAAACUGGAAACGACCCACGUCGCCACCCACGGGAAACGGCACAGCCGCGUGGCAUGUUCACACAGGACAGCCUCGCCCGCCUGGGCAGUCGCCCGCAGCCCUCAUGGCAGCUGUCUCCAGAGCACGGCGUGGGCCCGAGGACACAGACGCAGAAAGGGAUGCAGGGUGCGAUUCCACUUGUGAAAGCUCCAGUCAGGCCGGCCCUGCGUGGCGGGACGCCUUGUCCUGUGGUCUCGUGGCAGCUACUUUCUGGAAAAGCAUCGUAUGGCACCAGGCAUGCACUUUCUGCACGCCCAGCUCUCACUGCCACCCCUCACGGCGCACGCCCCCGUCUCCUAGUCUCGUGCCCUGGACUCUCAGGAGCUUCUCGGUCCAAGCGUCCUCCUUAGAGAGGUCUCCGGCCCCUCCAGCCACGCCUCUCCCUACUUCUUUCUCAGGACGUGCUGCCAUCGGAGCUGAGCUCACCUGCCUGUUUGAUUGGAUGUUUAUUGUUGGAUCCCUCGCCCUGUCCUCUUGUCCCCUCUGGCUCGGAACCUGCCUGGGAAUCGCCCUGUCCUCUUGUCCCCUCUGGCUCGGAACCUGCCUGGGAAUGGGCACCGUGAACCCCGAGGUCAGGACGGCCUGGAGGGUGCAGCUGAGCGGAGCCGGGCGUGGGGGCUCUGACGCUGACGCUCCCUGGCUGCGUGGCUACGCAGGUCACUCACCCUCACAUGAGCCCCAGAGGUCAGGACCGGGAGGCACAAGCCCUGGCCAGGACACAGAGGCCAUCUCGGAAGCAGGCCAGGAACAUUCCAGGGGCGGCAGGGAGGGCAGGUCUGAGGUUUCACCACGGGUGGCGGAGGCACGGGAACUGAGCGGUGCUGCCUGCUGGUCAGCGUCCUCCGGCCCGUGUCUGACCCCACCUCGGCCCAGCCCCGUGCCAGGAAGUCGUCCUCACGUACUGUAGCUGGAGGGCCCUCAAAUGCCAUCUAUUUGUGGCCUGGACCCUGAUGGCUGGCACGAGUCUCAUGUGGCCACAGGGAUGUUGUAUUUUUGGCACAGGGGGAGGAGCCUGUGCAGCCACAGCCUAGCACCAUGCCGCCCCGGGACGGGCAGCUCAGACGCCCAGCUCGGCCGCCGGGACCCAGGUUUGAAGGAAGCACGGCCCUCCCCUCGAGAUGCUGUUCUCUUCCUUUCAGGGCACGGAUGGAGCCCCGAGGCGGUGGGAGCUCCCAGGUCUCGUGGGGCAGGGGCGGCAUGUGCAGGGUGGUGCCCGGGGCCUGAACCCAUGAAGACCCCACCGGACCCAAUCUGCUGCCCUCCAGUGCCUCUGCUGACUCCACAUGGAAAAUUUCCAGUACAGCGUCCAGCUGAGUGACCAGGACUGGGCCGAGUUCUCAGCCACCGCCGAUGAGUGUGGCCUCCUGCAGGCCGGCCUGGCCUCUGGGGACGAGCCCUUGUCCAGUGACAUUGACCAAGGGGACAGCAGUGGCGGCAGUCCCCCCAGGGCCCCACCUCUCCCAACUGGGCAGCCAGCUGCAGGAGGGCGGAGCCGGCGGGGCUGCGAGGAGGAGGACGUGGCCACACAGCAGCCAGUCAGCAGGUCUCAGGGUGAGCCUGUCUUGGCCCUGGGGACCGGUCAGCAGACACCCAGCACGUCCGCACGGGCAGAAGCUCCACCGUCCCUCGGCCCUGGCGCCAGCCCUCCCGGCCAGUGCUCAUCCUGCCCUGGUCCGGCGUCUUCUGGAGACCAGAUGCAGAGGCUUCUGCAGGGCCCUGCCCCACGGCCCCCUGGUGAGCCCCCUGGGAGUCCCGAGUCCCCUGGCCACAGCACUGGCUCCCAGAGGCCCCCCGAUAGCCCUGGAGCCCCACCACGGAGCCCCAGCCGAAAGAAGAGGCGAGCUGUGGGUGCCAAGGGGGGUGGGCACACAGGAGCCUCUGCUUCUGCCCAGACGGGCUCCCCGCUGCUCCCUGUGGCCAGUCCUGAGACGGCAAAGCUGAUGGCCAAAGCCGGGCAGGAGGAGUUGGGGCCAGGUCCUGCAGGAGCUCCUGAGCCUGGCCCCAGGUCCCCUGUGCAGGAAGACAGACCAGGGCCAGGUUUGGGCCUGUCUGCAGCUGUCCCUGUGACUGAGCAAGGCACAGACCCAAUCAGAACCCGCCGCCGAGCCAAGCUGCACACAGUGUCCACGGCCGUCCGGGAAGCCCUCCCAGAUGUCUCAAGGGCUAAGUCAGACAUGGCUGUGUCCACACCUGCCUCCGAGCCGCAACCUGACAGGGACAUGGCUGUGUCCACACCUGCCUCCGAGCCGCAACCUGACAGGGACAUGGCUGUGUCCACACCUGCCUCCGAGCCGCAACCUGACAGGGACAUGGCUAUGUCUACACCUGCCUCUGAGCCGCAACCUGACGUGGCUGUGUCUACACCUGCCUCCGAGCCGCAACCUGACAGGGACAUGGCUGUGUCUACACCUGCCUCCGAGCCGCAAUCUGACACGGCUGUGUCUACACCUGCCUCCGAGCCGCAACCUGACAGGGACAUGGCUGUGUCUACACCUGCCUCCGAGCCGCAAUCUGACACGGCUGUGUCUACACCUGCCUCCGAGCCGCAACCUGACAGGGACAUGGCUGUGUCUACACCUGCCUCCGAGCCGCAAUCUGACACGGCUGUGUCUACACCAGCUUCUGAGCCUCAGUCCAGUGUGGCUCUGUCUACACCCAUCUCCAAGCCACAACUGAACACGGACAUGGCUGUGUCCACACCUGCCUCCGAGCUGCAGCCUGACGUGGCUGUGUCCACACCUGCCUCCAAACAUGGCCUGGAUGUGGCCUUGCCUACAGCAGGCCCAGCGGCUAAGCUAGAGGUGGCUUCAUCUCCACCUGUCUCGGAGGCUGUGCCAAGGAUGACCGAGUCCAGCGGGCUUGUGUCUACACCUGUUCCCAGAGCCGACGCCGCUGGCCCCGCCUGGCCUCCCACCCGCAGAGCUGGGCCUGAUGUGGUGGAGACGGAGGCGGUUGUGUCUGAGCCCUCAGCAGGGGCCCCCGGAUGCUGCUCUGGGGCGCCUGCACUGGGUCUCACCCAAGUCCCCAGGAAGAAGAAAGUGCGCUUCUCCGUGGCCGGGCCCGGCCCCAAUAAGCCAGGCUCAGGAGAGGCCUCAGCCCGGCCCUCAGCCCCCCGGACAGCAACUGGGGGCCACGGGGGGCCCGGAGCCUGGGAGGCUGUGGCUGUCGGGCCCCGGCCCCACCAGCCUCGGAUCCUCAAGCACCUGCCUCGCCCCCCUCCCUCUGCCGUGACGAGGGCCGGGCCCGGGAGCAGCUUUGCCGUGACCCUCCCGGAGGCCUACGAGUUCUUCUUCUGUGACACCAUCGAGGAGAACGAAGAGGCUGAGGCGGCAGCGGCCGGUCAGGAUCCGGCAGGCGUCCAGUGGCCGGACGUGUGCGAGUUCUUCUUCCCAGACGUUGGAGCCCAGAGGUCGAGGCGGCGGGGGUCCCCGGAGCCGCUCCCGAGAGCUGAUCCCGUGCCGGCCCCCAUACCUGAAGACCCCGUGCCCAUCUCCAUCCCUGAGGUCUAUGAACACUUCUUCUUCGGGGAGGACAGGCUUGAGGGCGUGCUGGGGCCGGCUGUCCCGCUCCCACUGCAGGCCCUGGAGCCUCCCGGGUCGGCCUCCCAGGGGGCGGGGCCUGGGACCCCCCUCAAGCCAGCUGUGGUAGAGCGGCUCCACCUGGCUCUUAGACGGGCAGGGGAGCUCCGGGGGCCUGUCCCAUCAUUUGCCUUCAGCCAGAACGACAUGUGCCUGGUGUUUGUAGCCUUUGCCACCUGGGCUGUGAGGACGUCAGAUCUGCAUACCCCAGACGCCUGGAAAACAGUCUUGCUGGCCAACAUCGGCACCAUCUCUGCCAUCCGCUACUUCCGCCGGCAGGUGGGGCAAGGGCGCCGCAGCCGCAGCCCCAGCCCCAGCCCCAGCUCCUAGGAGCCAGGCCCGGGCCAGGGAGAUGCAGGAUGAGGAGACGACCACAGGCGCCCAGGGCAGGACGAGGUGCCGCCCUCGCCCGGGCCCUCUGACCCCUCUCUUCUACCGCGUCCAGGAGGGGGGCGUGUCCUGGUGCUGCUCCCUCCGACUCACCUGAGGAUCCAGCCAGUGGCCACGGCCACUCCCCACGCCUGGGAGGGGAGGUGCUAAAGUCUGGGUGGGUGGAGGGCAGGCAGGUGGCUGGGUAGGAGGGUGGCCAGAUUCACAGAUGAGAACACAGGGCAUUCGGUUAAUUUCAGACAGGCAAUAGUGGGGAGGUCAUUUUACUAAGAAGUUAUUGUUCAUCUGAAAUCAAAUGCAACCGCACCCUGCAUUUCUUCUGGGGUGCAGUGGGGGCUGAGUGGCAGGACAGGACUUGGACCUCAGAGGGGUCUGAGCAGCAAGACACUCCCGCUGGAGCUCUGGGCAGAGGCAGGGGAGAGGACACAGGGUGGCCUCAAAGAGGGGAUGGGCAGCCUCCUCACAGGUGGGCUGGGCUGGCAAGGGCUCCAAGGCCCAUCACUCUUGAUCCUCGAAGGACUGUGGCCAAGGCCUCUGCGGGCUCUGGCCUGAGACAGUGAAGGCUCUGCCUGCCCCUCCCCAGUGCAGCGGCCCCUGCAGGGUGGGGGUCUGUGGCAGAGCCGCAAGCCCCUCCCCGGGAGCCCUGGGUGCAGGUGCAGAGGGAGAAUUCGGUGGCAUCAGAUGGAGGGCUGGGCUCCUGGGGUUGUCCCGGGGGCUCCUGUGGGGCAGCUGGGGACCCACAGCCAAGAGGAGUCAGAGAUGAGGUGGGAAGGUCGGUGAGGGGCCCGAGGUGGCAGAGGAAGGGGGCUGCCUGGCUGGGUGCUGGGUGGGGGUCCUCAGGACUGUGGGAGACCCUGGCUGCUGAGCGGAGAACACAUGGAUGCAGCACCAAUAAAAUUCUAUCUUUUCUUUUUC